UGACUUUGACUCGGUGCUAAUUUGAUGGGAUCAUCCAUGAACGUGAAGUUGAGUCCGCGAAAUCUAGGGCUUACAGUAUAUCUUUCUUUCAUCAUCCUCUGCUGGGCGAUUGAGUGUGGAGGAGAGUCUGGGACGUGUUUGGCUGAUUACAAGGAGGGGGGAGCUCCGGCGGUGUUUCGAUCCCCGCACUGUCCUCUCCGGAGUCUCCAGGAUGGUGCGUACUCCCCCGAAAGCGGUCAUUGCCAGACGGCGGUGAUGAAGGGCCGGAGGAAGUACAUGGAGGAUCGAAUUUUCUGCGCUCUCGAUCUUCGAAUCCCCUUCCCCGGCAAGGCUGGGCCAAAGGAUGUUGUGGUUGGAGUGGCAGCCGUUUUCGAUGGGCACAAUGGAGCAGAAGCGAGCGAGAUGGCUUCAAAACUUCUGUUCAACUACUUUGCUUUGCAUACCAACCUUCUGUUGGAUGCGACAUAUUCUGUUGUUCCGAAGGAGAUGACCGGAAGAUUACCUGAUGGAGGAAAAUGCGAUCUGAUUUUGAACGCCACCAAUUGGGACAGAGCCAUGCAUCAAGAUAUGCUUAAUUUUGAAAGGUUUAGAUUUACAUCGCCGUUAAAUUUUGACGAUUCUUUCCACUUGGAUAUUCUAAAGGAAGCAUUAGUGAGAGCAAUCCGUGAUAUUGAUGCCAUAUUUUCUCAGGAAGCGUAUAGAAGGAAUUUGGAUUCAGGUUCAACAGCCGCCAUUGCACUGAUUGCAGAUGGCCAGCUGUUGGUUGCCAACAUCGGUGAUUCAAAGGCCCUUCUGUGUUCCGAAAAGUUUGAGACUCCGGAGGAGGCUAGGGCUUCUCUAUUAAAGUUGUAUAGAGAGCAAAGGCGCAAUGGGAACAUUUUGCCGUCCACUCUCCGUGAUUUAAAGCUGAAAAGUACCAAUGGGCGAGUUCGUUAUCAUGUCAAAGAAUUAACAGAGGAUCAUCACCCAGAUAGAGAGGACGAAAAAAUGCGGGUUGAAGCUGCUGGCGGUCAUGUUGUCGAAUGGGCUGGAGUGCCGAGAGUGAAUGGUCAGCUGGCUGUCUCCCGUGCAAUCGGUGACGUGUCUUUUAAAAGUUAUGGUGUCAUAUCUGCACCCGAGGUGAUAGACUGGCGGCCUCUAGUGGCCAACGACAGCUUUUUGGUGGUGGCAUCCGAUGGCAUCUUCGAGAAGCAGAGCUUGCAGGAUGUCUGUGAUCUCUUGUGGGAAGCAAAAGACCCCGCAAGUUCUGGUAAAAGGCUACCUCCGCACUGUUCAUCGUCUUUGGCAGACUGCUUGGUAAAUGCAGCCUUUGAGAAGGGAAGUAUGGACAAUAUGGCAGCCGUUGUGGUCCCUCUAUGUUGAGUGUAAGAAGAGAAAUGGAUAAUGGCAAACAGUUGAUUUUUUGUUAUCAACAUUGAAAUUAAAAGUAUAUAAUCUAAUACUUGUUGGUAAACCUUGA